AUGCCAUCAACUAUUAAAUAUACGAUCAAAAUUACAAGCUAUCCAUUUUCAAUGAAACUAAAUACAUUACAAUUAAUAAUGAAAGCAUCUAUUCAAACCAACAGUAAAAAUUCUUGUUCAAAUAAAAAGUUUGGUGAAUAUAUAAGAGAUAAUUCAGAUUAUAUAAAGCUUCAGGUCGAUAAUCAUUCAUUAUAUGGCAGAUUCGUCAAAAGAUGUAUCAUUGAUUGA